CGAAAACAAUCUAUAUUCAUUUUACUUCUUUGCUUAGCGUUUGAAUAAUUUCAGGCGUGUCAUGGAGGAAGCAAUUUUCUCGGCGGAAGUGUUUAUCCACACUAUUCAGUUGAAAGGUCCGGAUCAACUUGAAUCCCAAUAUGGCAAUCCGCUCCUGUUAAUGAAAAUACUAGAUUUUGACCCGCUAGCCCUUGAGGCUGAGUUUGGCAAAAUGGCAUUAGGUAGCUCGAUAUCAUUCUCCGCUGGGAAGUCAUGUCUAUUUCGGUACAAUGUUCGGGACUUACUGCUAAACCUCAAAAAGAUCCCUCUGUACUUGCUUAUGGCCUAUAAAAGCGAAGAUCAGCGACUCACCUUCAGAGGUUCAGCAACAAUACCUCUUCUGAGGGUUGCAGAUGGCCUCGAAUCGGAAUUAGAUAAACACGGUCUACGUAUACCAGUAGUCAAGGGAGAAAAGGGAAGAUUUUCUAUCUACAAUCUAAUGGGCUGUGAGAUUGGCACUGCGCUUGUUUCCUAUAAAAUGCACUGUUUGGGAACUUUAGCUGUACAGCAUAUACCGAAUAGCAAACUCUCUGAUGCAGAGCAGUCAAACAUGUUCGCUAAGCUUACGCGUAAACCUCUAGCUCAGAGUUUGGACAAAGAUAACAUCGAAGCAUCGAAAAUUGAGAAAAGUUCAAAGCCAACAGUUGUGAAAAGCAGCGAGACCCAGACCGAUAAAAAACGCAGCGUAUCAAUGAAAGAAAAUCUUGAGAAUUUGGUUUUGACUCAGAAGCCCGAAACACCUGAGAAGUCGGAUCUGGAAGCGCAAACUGUGGCAGAUAAAAAUAAAACCGGAAAUGACCCGCCGACGCUGUUUUACCGCAGAACUAGUGCAAAUAUUGUUUCAAAGCAGAAACAUGAAAUCAAAGUUGAUUCUCAACUAGGUAAGUUUGAAAAAUCAUUGGGGCGAUUCCUUUCAACUGAUUCGAUCGGCGUGCAAUCCGAUGGUACGGCUGGAGUAAAUGUUCCAAAAUUGAACCCCAGUUUUCCCAUACUAGAAGCCUUGUACUGUGAGCUGGAGAAAGCUGGAGUUUCUUUUGGCCAGCGGAACUUCGAUUAUCAGUUUCCAUCCCCUAGGCAGGCGCAACUUGAGGAAAAUAGCCAGAAGGUGGAUAAAAGUGUCCAAUCUCUGGUUAAAAGUGACGAUGCCAUAACCAAGAAUGAACUUGGUAUUACGAAAAUAAUAGAAAGACCAAAAUCAUCGUUAUUACAUCACCCAAAAGGUAAAGCAAAACAAUCUGUUUUGCCUGAUCAUUCUCAUCACCAUCACAAGCGGCUUUGUGAAAUUAAGAUAAGAGACUCAAUUCCAGCUAGGAAAAGCUGGAUUAGAACUAGUACAGUGCCCAAACCGCAUUCCAGACCCCAAUCUAGACUAGAAUACGGACUUACAAGCACUUAUCUCGCUCGGCUGCGGAGUUCGAAUCCAACUCUGUUUCAAAGUAUGUCACUGAAUGAGUCGCAAAUGAAUGCAAUCAUUCCAAAAAGUGCGAAGGAAAAUGUUGAAAAACCAAAGAAAAAACUAUGUAAGAAACGCUUGGCAAAAGAACAAGGAGAUCGAGUUUCGCAAUGCAUUAAACAUGACAAACUGGCCCUUCCUGAGACAGAUAAUCCUUUACGGGAAGGUGUAAAAGGAGAAAUUGUCCGUGAAAGCCAACCAAUUUCUGCAGUUGAACAGAAAGCUAAAAAUGAAUUCGAAGACAAACAAGGAGCACAGAAAAAUGCGGUGACCCCGGAAAGCAAGAAAAGCACAACGGUUGUGAAAAUUUUGCCGAUGGUUGAAUUAGACGAAUCUUUUGACGUGGACCAGUCUAACGGGCAUAAACAAGAAUCUCAUUCCGCAGAUUACCACGAUUAUGAUGAGUUGGAGCUUGAAAAUUACGAAGUGGAAGAUGACUUUGAACCCGAGUCACCCCAAAAAGAUGACGAGAGGGUAGAGACAGCAAACUUAAACGCAAACAGCACAAUUGACUCGUCUGAAAGUAUCGCUCGAAGGAAUUUACAAUUGGAUCCAGUGGAAAAAUCGAUGGAAGAUUUUGCAGCUGAAUUUGAGGUAGACUCGUAUGACGAAAACAAAGAUUCUAAAAGUAGUUUCAAAAGCGAUAAUAGUUUUGUCGAGAAGUCGGAUAUUAAGAAUUCAUUUCAUGACAGCAGGGAGUCCACAUACACUGCAUCGAUCUCUCAAGAUUCAGCCAGGAACCGAACUGUUGGUGAUCUCGUGAAAGUAAAAAAAUCUGAAACUAAAACAGAUUUGAAACAAAGUUCCGACGGCCAAGACUGGUUGAAUGAAUUACUAAGUUCUUCUUUGGACCAAAACAAGAUGCGAGAGUUACUAGAAAUGAGAAACAAGAAGCAAAGUGAUGGCAAUGAAAGUGGAUCGGAGAGUGAAUCAAGUAGUAGAAAUCAGAGCUCCUCCAACUAUAGACCGACAUUCGGUCGAAAAUGAAAUCAAAAACUAAUUUUAAUAUCUCGAUGUGAUAAUUUGUACAGCUAGAUGGGUUUUCAUUCUAAAUAUAUGUAGAUAAAUCUGUAAAUAUGUAUAACUGUAUAUGCUAAUUAAAUUGUUGAUACACAAAAAAUUAUGAAAGUUUUUUUUU